AUGCUCACGCAGAAGCCAUCGAAGAAGCGUGACGAUCUGCUCAACAUCCAGGCUGCGGCACAGGCGCGUUGGUCUGCGGAACAGAUUUUUGAGCAGGAUGCCAAGACGGACAUUCCUGCCGGCGAGAAGAACAAGUACCUGGUCACCUUUCCCUACCCGUACAUGAACGGCCGGCUCCAUCUGGGGCAUGCCUUCUCGCUCUCCAAGACCGAGUUUGCGGUCGGCUACGAGCGGCUCAAGGGCAAGGACUGCCUCUGGCCGUUUGCCUUCCACUGCACCGGGAUGCCGAUCAAGGCAUGUGCCGACAAGCUCGCCUACGAGAUCGCCACCUUUGGCAACCCGCCCGUGUUCCCGGCCGACGAGCCCGAGGCCGACAACGCCGACGAGGCUGACGGCGCCGACGCGGUGGCGUCGUCGUCGAUGCCGGGCAAGGCGCCCAAGGGCAAGCAGCGGUCGAAGGAGAAGACCAAGGGAACCGGCAAGAAGUACCAGUGGAACAUCAUGCAGGCGCUCGGCAUUCCCGACGAGGACAUUCCGGCCUUUGCUGACGCCCAGCACUGGAUCGACUUUUUCCCGCCGCGGUGCCAGCUCGACAUGCAGGCGUUUGGCGGCAAGAUCGACUGGCGCCGCUCGUUCUACACCACCGACGUCAACCCGUACUACGACGCCUUUAUCCGGUGGCAGUUCCGCCUUCUCAAGGCGCAGAACCGCAUCGAGUUUGGCAAGCGCCCGUGCGUCUUCUCGCCUAAGGACGGCCAGCCGUGCAUGGACCACGAUCGUUCGUCCGGCGAGGGCGUCAAGCCGCAGGAGUACACCCUCAUCAAGCUCAAGCUCCUCGAGCUGCCGGCGUCGGGUGUCCUCGACGCGCUCGCCGACAAGGCCAUCUUCCUUGUCGCCGGCACCCUCCGCCCGGAGACCAUGUACGGGCAGACCAACUGCUGGGUCGGGCCGGACCUCGAGUACGGAGCCUUUGCCCUCGACGCCGACGCCUCGGAGGUCGUCAUCUGCACCGACCGCUGUGCCCGCAACAUGUCGUUCCAGAACUCAUCGCCGGUCUUUGGCGAGGUGAACAAGCUUGCCUCGCUCACCGGCGCCGACCUCCUCGGCCUCCCGCUGGAGGCUCCGCUCGCCUCGUACGAGCGUGUCUACGCCCUCCCCAUGAUGACCAUCAAGCCGGGCAAGGGCACUGGCAUCGUCACCUCGGUCCCCUCGGACGCUCCCGACGACUUCCAGGCCCUCGAGGACCUCAAGCGCAAGGACGCGCUCCGCGCCAAGUUUGGCAUCACCGACGAGAUGGUCCUCCCCUUUGAGCCCGUCCCCAUCAUCGACAUCCCGUCCAUCGGCAACCUCGCCGCGCCCAUUAUGUGCAAGCAGCUCAAGAUCCAGUCGCAGCACGACCGCAAGAAGCUUGACGAGGCUAAGGAGAUUGUUUACAAGAAGGGCUUUUAUGAGGGCGUCUUCCUCGUCGGCGACCACGCCGGGUCCAAGGUCGAGGACGCCAAGGAUGCCAUCCGCGACGCCCUCAUCGCCGACGGCAAGGCCUUCAAGUACUGGGAGCCCGAGGGCGUCGUCGUCUCGCGCUCGGGCGACGAGUGCGUCGUCUGCCUCGCCGACCAGUGGUACCUCAACUACGGCGACCCCGAGUGGAAGGCCCUCGUCGCCAAGAACCUCUCCUUCCUCAACACCUACCACGCCGAUACCCGUGCCAAGUUUGAGGCCACCCUCGACUGGCUCCGCGAGUGGGCCUGCUCGCGCUCUUACGGCCUCGGCACGCGCAUCCCCUGGGACGACGAGUGGCUCAUCGAGUCGCUCUCCGACUCGACCAUCUACAUGGCCUACUACACCAUCGCCCACAUGCUGCAGGGCGACAUUGGUGGGUCGAGCCCGGGCUCGUCUGGCAUCCCGCCCGAGGCUGUCAACGACGCCCUCUUCAACUACGUCUUCCUCGGCUCAAACGAGACGUCUGAUCUCGCAGACGGCGUCGACGUGGCCGCUCUCGACGCCAUGCGCGCAGAGUUUGAGUACUGGUACCCGGUUGACCUUCGCGUCUCGGGCAAGGACCUCGUCCCCAACCACCUCACCUUUUUCAUGUACAACCACGCCUCCAUCUUCCCUCAGGACAAGUGGCCACGUGCCAUUCGUGUCAACGGCCACCUCAACCUCAACGGUGACAAGAUGUCCAAGAACACCGGCAACUUCCUCUCGCUCCGCGACGCCAUCGAGACCUACUCGGCUGACGCCACGCGCAUCGUCCUUGCCGACGCCGGCGACGGUCUCGACGACGCAAACUUUGAGGAGGCUGCCGCCAACAAGGCCAUCCUCCGCCUCACCGCCUUUGUCGCCCUCGUCGAGGAGACCCUCUCCGGUGACUUUGCCACCCGUGAUGCCGACGCCGACGCCUCGGCCACGCCCGACAUUGCCCUCUUUGACAGCAUCUUUGCCGCACACAUCGACCGCACCAUCCACGCCACAGACGCCGCCUUUGCCGACGCCCUCUACCGCGAGGCCCUCCUCUACGGCUGGCACGAGUUCCAGUCGACUCGCACCGCCUACUGCGACCGCCUCGGCUCCGCCGCCCUCCCCUCCAAGUCCCUCAUCAUGCGCUACAUCGAGGCCCAGGCCCUCCUCAUCGCACCCUUUGCCCCGCACACCGCAGAGCACGUCUGGGGCCUCCUCGGCAACUCAGAGUCCAUCAUGCGCGCCUCGUGGCCCGUCGCGAGCGCCCCGGACCAGGCUAUCCUCGCCGCGGACAACUUUAUCAACACCUUCCUCCACAAGUGCCACCGCCACCUCGACCGCCUCGCUCGCAAGGAGGGCGUCACUGUCUCCAAGGGCACCAUCUUUGUCGCCCGCGAGUACCCGCCCUGGCAGGUUGCCAUCCUCGAAGCGCUCGCCCCCAUGUACUCGCCCGAGGCUUCGCCGGACGCAAAGGGUCUGCCUUCGCACUUCCCGACAACCGCACCAUCGCCAAGACUGUUGGCAAGCUCGCCGCCAUCCCCAAGAAGCUCAAGAAGAAGGCCAUGCCGUUUGCCAUGAAGUGUGUCUCUGAGGCCAACGCCACAGGCCCCGAUGCCCUCGCAUCCACCCCGUCCUUUGACGAGUUUGGCAUUCUCACCACCGUCAAGGAUUUCCUCAAGGCCUCCUUCUCCCUCGACGAUCUCUCUAUCGAGGAGGCGCCCGCCGACUCCAAGGCCCUCCCG